UCCCGUCAGUGCGCGUUGACGUCAGCAGUCUGCCACGUUUAUAAAGGCCCCACGUAUCGUCACGUGAUGCCGAGUUCACGUCAGAACUGUCAACCGGCCCCUGCGGGGAGGAUUGUGGGAGUCAGCUGGGGGGUGGCAGCCAUGAUCAAGAUGGGGGAGUCUCGAAAGCGUGCGCUUCAGUCCUACGUUGACCGCUUGCUAAAACUCAUCGAGUUCAACACCGCCACCGAGGAAGACUUUAUCCAGGUCGCUCAGAGUUUUGAAGCGACGAGGAGGCGAUGGCAGGAGGCGGAGAAGGAGCUAAGGGAGAAACGGGAGAUAAUGCUGCGAUGCGAGAUCGAGCGCUCGGCGCUGCAGGUGAAGCUGAAGCACGCCCGCAAUCAGGUGGACGUGGAAAUGAAGCGACGCCAGAGAGCAGAGACCGAGCUGCAGCAAGUGGAGCGUCAACUGCAGCUGAUUGGGGAACUGCUACAGAGUGACAGUCAGAACGCGGCGCCUCUUAGCGACUCCGUUUUGGCGUUCUUCGGAGGAGGCCGCUCUAACCCUGCGUCCCAGGGUGCUGGAAACAGGUUGUCCGUGGUAGACGAGUCUUGUGGUUCCUUCCUAUCGGACAUCAGCUACGACCAGACCGACGAUGACCUGGAUCUGGAUGAGUUUUCUGGGAGACCCGUAAAGCUGAAGCCACGGGAGAGAAGGCGCUCCUCCCUCACUCAUCUGAUCGCUCCGUUUAUGAAGAAGCCGCGUCCGAGCUUGACCGCUGCCGUAGUAAAUGAGAAUAUCAAGGAAGCGAUUAUUGCAAAAACCACCAUGUUGAUCUCAGACUCCGGGCCGAUCCACGCAACGUCCAGCAUAGAGUCCGUGCCACGCCGACGAUCACGCAAGAGCAGGGUGUUCUCAUUGAUGCAAGACCAGAAUUCUGUCUUACCCCAAAUUAACGAGGCCGAUCAGGAACUGGACCAAGAAAUCCCUCAAUCCAACAACCCAGUAAAACCGCACGUCUUCUUGUCCAAAACGAUGAUCCGGGCGGAGCAGUGCUCUGUGUGCGGACAGAAGACCCGCUUUGGGAAAAUGUCUUUGAAGUGCAGAAAUUGUCGGAUUUUAAUUCAUCCCGAAUGUCGUGAUUUCUGCUCCAAGUUUUGUCCCUCUACCUCUCUGCCCCCUCGAAACGCAGCGCCAAAAAAAGGACAGGUGCUGCUGUGUGACUUUGCCCCGGCCUCCCCUCCCAUGGUGCCCGCUCUGGUGAUUCAGUGUGUGAAUGAGAUAGAGAAGAGGGGACUGAAUGAGCGCGGUCUUUAUCGCGUUUCCGGUUGCGAGCGGCUGGUGAAGGAGCUGAAGCAAAAACUCCUCUACGGCAAAGUCAAGUCUCAGCAGCUGGCGAAAGAAGACGUCCACGCGGUGUGCGGCGUCCUGAAGGAUUUCCUGCGGAACCUGAGCGAACCGCUCCUGACCUUCUCCCUGCACGCGCAUUUUCUGGAUGCUGCCGAUAUCCUGAAUGAAAGUGACAGUAAGUGUGAGAUCUGUCAGGCGGUCCAGGAGCUCCCCCCCGCUAACAGAGACACGCUGGCCUUCCUCAUCCUGCACCUGUACAGAGUGAUGCGGAGUCCGGACUGUCAGAUGGAUAAGAUCAACCUGUCUCGUGUGUUUGGGCCGACGAUCGUGGGUCAUUCUGUUCCUGACCCCAGCCCCCUAGUGAUCAUGCAGGACACCCCCAGACAGGCCAAGGUGAUGUCUCUGUUGCUGUCGCUGCCCUGCGGAUUCUGGAAUCAGUUCUUGUCCAAUAAUCAGGAGAAUCAGAACUGCGAUUCUUUGAGUGCGGCACAAGAUCGUCUGUUCCGUCCGGUCACCUCCCCUGAGAUCACCAACUCACUCGCUGUUCCUCUGAAACACAAAGGGCAGUCUCCUUACUUAACGGAGUCUACAAGCAAGAGCGAGCUGCCAAAGAAGCCGGGAAGACUUUUCACUUCUCCUAAUGCCUGAAGGAGUUAACGCUUCCUCUUCUGCCGCUGUCACCUGUUCACUGUGCACCCACCGACCGCCACCUCUUACACCUUUAUACACCCGCUCACUAUCACGUGUGUUUGUACUGUACGUCUGCGGACGACACGUUAUGUACUGAGAACCUCCCUGUACAGGAGGGGAUCCCAAUAAUUAUUAAAAAUACUACAUAUUAUAUUUAUAUAUUUAUAGGAAAUAAAUUA